GUGACCUAAGUAAUGACUGCAGGCCGAAAGUACCAGGUCACCUUAAGUACACUGGCCUGCAUUCCGCCCAGCUAGACCUAUGCAAGACGAUAUUACGGGGAAAUUUUUUUUGUCAUUAAGCGCGCGCGCAAUGUGAAGUAAGCAUCUCGCAACGCAAUAAGCUCGUCGCGAAGCCAAUUGUUUCUGAACAAUUUAUACUCACUCUUUCAGGUUGCAACACCACGCGCCUUUCAAUUACUUUAAACACUUCUUCGAACCUACAUGUGUCGUUGUUUUCCUUUUGAGUGCACAUAAUCUAAACUUUCUUGUCUAUUAGCUCUACAAAUCUACCUCCUAAUAUGUGUGAAAAAUUCAUACUCACUCUUUUAAGAACGCUUCAAAUGUUGUACUUGAUAAGAAAACUUUAACAAUUUUAUUGAUUUGGGUUGGAAAUUCCAUCAACGUUUUUCAAAUUAUGCAAUUUUGUUACUGUAAGACAACAAUUAAUAAUCAUCUUGUGCUGUUGUGCAUGACUGCAUUGGUGGAGAGUGUUGGCGCUAUCCAAAUGUUGUUGGACGCAUGGCCUUCAAAGAGACAGCGAGCAGCCGAGCACCACUGCACCAUCUCCGAGUCUACGAGAUCGAGAACUUAGUUGACGGUCUGAGCUUCGGCUCAGCCGCUGACGAGAUGGUUGCAGCCUGGCGAGCGCUGAAGCUCGCAUGGGAUGGCUGUGGGUGGAUAGCUUUCAACUUUUACCAGUCUGCUCUCGCCCUGUCCCCCUCUGCGUCCGACUACUCGAAGAACGUCUUCAACCUGUCAUACUUCGUCCUCCGGCAGAAGCUGUGGUUAUACAUGGCAUUAAUGGAGUAUCGCCGUAAGACCAAAGUUGGUGGAUCCGCCCCUAACCCUGUGGUGGUGAGAGAGGAUGAUGAGACGACGUGCCGAAUGUUGGACGCCGCCUCAAAAGGUCGUCCUCUUGUCCUCAACUUUGGGUCUUGUUCCUGACCUC